AUGGCUUUGGCUUGGUUCGCUGUACGCAGGUCAGCUUCUAAUUUUGCUUCCUUGUGUGGUGGUCGAGUCCGAAUGAUCUCCACCGUUGUGGACCGUCCGUCUCUAGCUCUCAACCCGUCACCGCCGUGUCCCUUCGUCUCUAGUAGCUUUCACUACCCGACGGUUGUUGAUCAGCUGAGCUCCGAGCAAACGCUUAUCCGGGAGUUGACUCCGAGAUCAAUUUUGCUUCGCGAAUCAAUGAUAUGUUUAAGACAAGAAUUUGUCUCUGUUAAGACAGUGUUUCUUUUUGUUUGGCUUACACUCUAUUGGGAGCAGCAUGAAGAGAUGACUCCAGAAAGCUCACCUUUCAGAAUUGAAGAUGAUGGAGGUAAGACUGUGACAGUGAGUAUAGACUACAAAGGGGAACAUAUUAAAGUUGUAGUAGGCCUGCCUAUUCAUGGAGAUAAUGAUACUAAGUAUGAAGAUGGAACUCUUGAUUAUUAUCGUGGAAAUGGACUAAUGAUACCACUAACUGUGAAUGUUACGAAGAAGAUUGGACUCAGCCUAGAGUUUCGCUGCAAGGUUAUUAAUGAAUAUGAUGGUAUCCACAUAGAUGGUGUAUUUGGGGAUCAUUCGGUUGAUUCUUUGAAAUAUAAACUGACGAAUGAAGGGUCUUAUUUCAAAGACGUAGAUCAUAAACUGCAGAUGGCGUUCUACAAGUAUCUGGAGACCAGAUUGACAAAAGGCACAAUGUAUUUUUUGUAUCACUACAUGAUGACGAACGAGCGACGCCACUUCUUAUGGUUGAAGGAUGUCAAGAAGUUCUUGGAUGAUGAAAGUUAA